AUGUCACCGCCUACGGUGCGAGCGUUUCCAUCUGCCAUCUCCUGGACGUGUCGUCAAUGUCGCAUCAACAGCGUCCAGUUGCAAGCUCGCCAAACAUCUCUUCGAACAGUGGUGCCCCGGCAGAACUUUUCUACGACCAAAUCACCUCAAGCGGAUGUUCAAAUCCGCGCCGCACCCGAGCUAGAUCUCAAAGAUCCCAAUGCUAUCCCAGCCCGAAUCAUCCCAGCAUCACCUUCAUACUUUACCGCCUCCCCUGUCUUCAAUGACCAUGUCCUGCUCCUGCAGUCUCUUGUCAAGAAGCAUGCGUCACUACCUCUAGCUCCUCCAAAUCAGACACCACGAGCGGUGUGGUUGAAGCUCACUCAAUAUCGCAGUACGAUCGGCGAAAAGAUUGCUGCUUCCAAAUACUCGAAGGUGCUGGAUCUUCUUACGCGAUUGAACAAGAUCCACCCGAGAGUUCGGCCUAGAGAGGUGAAGCAGGUGCUGGAUAGAUUUCGACGUCCAGGCUCGGAGGAGCUUCAGACGAGCAAAACAGGCAAGAUUGACGAAUAUGGACGGUCUAUUGGCGUGGGGCGAAGGAAGGAAGCUACGGCAAAGGUGUACCUUGUCGAGGGCACAGGCGAAGUCCUGGUCAAUGGGCGGAGCAUUGUGCAAAUGUUCCCUCGCAUACACGACAGGGAGAGCGCGCUGUGGUCGCUGAAAAUCACCGAGAGAUUGAACAAGUACAAUGUUUUUGCGCUCGUCUCAGGAGGCGGAGUUACGGGCCAGGCAGAGUCGAUCACUUUGGCACUGGCCAAGGCCCUGCUGAUACACGAACCGGCUCUCAAACCGGCUCUUCGACGAGCUGGCUGUAUCACGUCCGAUCUGAGACGUGUCGAACGGAAGAAGCCAGGCCGACUAAAGGCUCGAAAGAGGCCGACUUGGGUCAAACGGUGA